AUGGAUCACAAAAUUGAAAAGGACACGCUGAAAGGCGAAUUGGUGAAAGGUGCUGCAACGGCUCAAGGUCAUUCUGGCGGAAAGAUUCCAUAUCCCAAGCAUGUCUGGUCUCCGGCAGGUGGUUGGUAUUCGCAACCUGCCAAUUGGCGGGCCAAUACCGCCGCCGUCGCUGCCGUCAUCAUUGGUCUCUCCGCGAUAGCAUUCAGUAUUAGCAGUGACCGUGAGACACGGUCAAAAUUCCCCGAGCCGGGCAGGUUCUUUCCGAGUCGAUGGUGGAGCAGACAGAUUAGAGAACAUGAGCGUGGGGCCGCGAAAGAGACUCAGUAG